GAAUAUGGCCUUCGCUGAGUUUGUUAACAAAACCCGACUAACCCAGCCCCUGAUCAAUUUCUGCGUGAUUGUGUACAUGGAUGAUAUUUUGGUCUUUUCAAAAACACACGAGUACCACGUGGAACACAUUGAGUGGGUUUUGCAUGCACUAAAGGAUGCGGGGUUCAAAAUGGCCUUGGAGAAAAGCGAGUUCUUCUUGUCGGAGAUCUCAUUCUUGGGGUACAUCGUCACGGGCGAUGGACUAAAACCGGAUCCAAGGAACGUGGCAGCAGUUCAAGAAGCCCCGGCGCCGGUCACACUCACCAAGGUUCGGGCUUCUCUAGGGCUGGCAUCCUAUUACCGGCGCUUCAUCAAGGGGUUCGCCAGUAUAGCGAAACCCCUCACGAACCUGCUGAAGAAAGAGGAACAGUUGAUCUGGACGUCGGAAUGCGAAGCGGCGUUUCAGGCGUUGAAGGAGGCUCUGACAUCUGCUCCUGUGUUGGCGCGUCCCGACCCGACAAGACCGUUCGCACUGUACACCGACUGGCAGCCUCUGGCCAUAUCGGUGGUGCUGACUCAUCACGGGGCGGACGGAAGGGAACACGUCAUUGAGUAUGCGUCCAAGACGCUGAGCCAGGCGCAGGCUAAUUACGAAGCGUGCAAAGGCGAAUGCCUGGCGGUGGUGUGGGGGAUCCAACAUUUCCGACUGUAUCUUUACGGCCAGAAAUUCGUGCUGGAGCAUGAACUGCUCAAGCACUUCCAGCCGCCCAUCUCGGACGCUCUUCUCCGGAACCGGUUCAACGACGAUCGGCAGCUGCGCUUCGACAUUCAGCAAGUGAAUGUGUCGGCUCCUAGCGUUGCUGACUUGGCGGUGUACUCGCUCCUCACGCAGCAGGUAACGUACGCGGGUGUCUAUGUGGACAUAUCGCCCGUGCCUGGUCAGGAAUCCACGCGAGUGUUCAUCGAGUUCCGAGCCAUCCAGGUGGCUAUGAACUUUGUGCACAGCAUCGCUACUUUCACCGGGGAUUUAACCGUCUUGCCCGGGCACGAUCGGGAUCCGGCGUACAGGUUCUUGCGCGAUUACGCCCUCCAGGUGGCGAGAUCGGUGGCCCGAGUGCAGGCGAGGGGCACUCAUCGCUUCACCGCAUACAAAGGACUUCUGCGGCGGACUCCGGAGGGAGCACUUGCAUUGGUGCCGCAGCUUCCCGCGCUCCUUCCUCCCGCCAAGCCCCUCAACAUCCAAGCUGUCCCUCCCCCUUCUCUCUAAAUGCCUCCUUUCUUCUCUUACACUACCCUCCCUUACCAACUGACACAGCUCCCCUAUCUUAUGCGCAACUUCCCCGAG